GCCGUCAGGAGGAUUUUUUUUUCCCCUGCAGGAAAAUAACACGGGAAAAAAGGCAAAUUGCGCAGUGAUUAGGGGGUUAAGAGAGGGCAUCAUGGACGUGUCCGGACACAGUCUUUUCCUCCUGCAGCAGCUCAAUGUCCAAAGGGAGUUUGGUUUCCUGUGUGACUGCACGGUUGCAAUUGGCAACGUGUACUUCAAGGCCCAUCGAGCAGUACUGGCUGCUUUCUCCAACUACUUCAAGAUGAUCUUCAUCCACCAGUCCAGCGAGUGCAUUAAGAUCCAGCCAACUGACAUCCAGCCAGAUGUCUUCAGCUACCUGUUGCACAUAAUGUACACAGGUAACGGCCCUAAGCAGCCUGUGGAUCAAGGUCGGUUACAGGAGGGGAUCAAGUUCCUUCACGCGUACCAGCUGUGCCACAAAGCAACCGACGGCGGAUCUGACGCUUCCUCAGACCCCAUCCGCAUAUCCAACUUGUACGGCAUUCAGAUCUCCUCCCAGCUGGGCACUAAAGAGUCACCGGGCAUGAAGGCUAGCGGUGCACGCGAACCUGAGGACAGGCGUUGUGGUUCACGUGGACAUCCGCUGCCAGUUUUAUCAGGGAUCGAAGGGCACACAACGGAACGCCAGUCCCUCAGCCUGCGCACUAUUACCUCAGGGGAUGAGUGUGACAUCUUGGCACGGAUCAAACAGGAAGAGGAGGAGCCGGAUGAAGGUGAGGUACCACGAGCGCCUGCGUCUCUGCCUUCAACCCAAGGCAGCCCUUGCCAGACUGGUGAUUUUAAGGACCCUCUGGCACUGCUGUGUCCUCAAUGUGGAGAACGAUGCCUGUCUCCUGAGGGACUACAGGAACAUCUUUUCAGCCACGCUGCAUGCGCCCUCAUGGAGGGACCUUCAGAAGACAGCAGAGGGGAUGUUAAAGGGCACACAGAAGAUCGACACUGCCACGCACUAGCAGACGAGUUGGCGUUAGAGAUAAGGCGUGGUACAACAGGCACAGGAAGUCCACCUGCAGGCUUUACACGUAAAAGAAAGAUGGCAUGCGCAGUCUGCAACUUGCACUUUUCACAGAAGAGCCAGCUGCAGGAGCACAUGUUUGCUCACGUGGGCAAGCCGCUACGCCAACAUCGUUACGGCCGCUUCGGUGGACCACUGAUUCAUCCCAGCGAGGGAACAUCAGAACUCGAGGAAGUUGCUCAGGAUAAUGGCAGCUCGUGCUACUCACUGGACUCGGAAGUCUCUCACGAGAGCAUAGAUGCCGUGGCAGUAGAAUGACACCUUCUAUAACAUAAUGGACAUGUUCCCUGCAUUCUUUUGCAUUUUUAACACACCCUUGUAAAUUUCCAAUUUUUGACUUAAUUAAGUAACAACUACAUUCCAACAGGGAAUUUUUCUCGUCCCUGGAGUGACAUCGGUUUGCAAAUAAGUCAGUUAGCUACCUAGCAUGCUAAUUAACUAGCUAGAUUGUUAACUAGAAGGUAGAUUUAUAUAUAGAUGGACUUUUUCAAUUGUGUUCACCAUCCAACUAAAAUCAAAAUCUUCUAUGACUGAAAGGAUUUUUCUUAUUAAUCUUCACUGCUAUCUUUAGCUAGCUAGCAGACACAAGACAGGACUUUUAAAUAAGAUUUUUAUCCAUAAGUAUUUAUACUAAAAUUGAAAACUAGCUACAGGGUAGCUAAUAUGAGAUGACCUGACAAAGAUUCUGAGAAGAUUUUUAAAUAUUAUUCAACUCUGGCCAUCUCAUUAAAAUGAGCUAACCUGACAGGAUUUCUUACAGAAUAUUUUAAAGCUUAUUUAUAAACGUUUAACUUCUGCUUAGGAAGUAAGUCAUAUUCUCAACCUUUCCUACAGGCACUAUCUAUCUAGCUAGGAUUUUAAAAUAAUAUUCACUGCUAAUGUCAGUCAUCUAGCCUGUAGGAAAUCUAACCUGACUAGAUUCCUGAGAGAAUGUCUAUGUAAUAUUUAUAAUUUUUCACAUGUCCAGAAUAAAAAGAUUAAAAAAUAUUUCUAAUCUUCAUAGUGACAUGAUUUCAUAGAAACUAUGAAGUUUCUAAUUCUAAUUCUAAUUUUCUCUGCUAAUUUUAGGCAGCUAGCUAACAUGAGCUAACCUGAUCUAAUUUCUAUUAAGACAUUUAAAUAAUAUCCAAAAAUACCCUGUAAAAAAUACAUGAAAUACUUUCUUUAUAAGAAACACACCAAUUAAGAGAUGAUUAGUUCAGAGGAAGUGGACAGGGGUGUGUUUAAAGUGUCUCUGUAAUGUAGGAGGAUGGAAGAUGUUUGACCUCAGACUUCAUGUCCUGUCUACUGUUUAAUAAUCAGUAGGUCUUUUCUCUUGUGUUGAUGGCUUUAGUGUUUGUGUGUUACAUUGUGGUUUGUAGAUUAAGCUGAUCAAUCGGUCAGUGCUGGAAUAAUCAGACCUGCUAAUGUUUAACAUAGUUCCCGGUCCACAUUUUAACAUCUUGCGUUGCUCUUGUUUUAGCCGGUGCUCUCGAUCUCCUGAA